AUGGGCUCGGCGGGGUCCCUGCUCCAAAGCUCGGAGACGCGGACGGAAGCGGAGUGGCACGCUGUGCUCGGCGGCACGAAGCUCGACACGCGCGAGAAGCGCACGCUGCCCCAGCUGCUGACGCUCGCCAAGGACGAGGUCGUCGCGCGCAAGGACGCGGAGAUCGCUGGGCUGCGCGAGGAGCUCGCCGCGCUCAAGGGCGACGGCAGCGACAUGACGGGCCUGCCGGCCGUGCUGCGCGACUUCACGCCGCUCGCGAUGGUCGACGACGUCGCGGCGAUCGCCGACGGGCCCGAGCUCGAGGCGGCCGAGCGCGCGGCGCUCGCGGACCCGUCCGCGGACGCGGCGGCGCUCGCGCGGCUGAGCGACGAGCUCGCCGCGCGCCUCCGACCGGUCAUCGCGUCGCGCGCGCGCGAGAAGGGCGUCGCGCGGCGGCUCCGCGACGUCGUCCGCGCGGGCAACGAGGACUUCGAGAAAGUGUACAACUCCGUCUUCGACUUCAUCGCGAACAACGACGCGGCGGGCCUCGCCGCGUUCCGCGCGUCCGUGGCCGCGCUCGAGUGCCCCGGCGCGGCCGCGCGGCCCCAGCGCGGCGGCGGCGCGCGCCUCGACGAGCUCUACCGGGACGCCGCGCGCGCGAAGCCGCGCUUCGAGGCGGCGCUCAAGGCCGUCGUCGCGGCGCUGCCCUUCGAGGUGCGCGGCGACACGGCGUUCCCGCCGUUCCUCAAGCGGACGCCCCGCGUCGUCGAGAAGGCGGUCUUCAAGGGCGACGACUUCGCCUGCUGCGGCGUCAACGACUUCGUGCGCGCGCGGGUCGUCGUCGGCCCGCUCCUGCGCCUCGUAGCGGUCGCGCGCGAGUGCGGCUACGUGGUCGCGGGCGUCGUCGAGGGCCUCGACCUCGUGCUUGUGCGCGCGGCGCUCUGGCGGUGGCCGCCGAUCCCGCGCCACGCGCUCACGGCGCGCCUCGACACGUGGCCCGCGAUGGCGCGCGAGGACGCGGCCGCGCUCCUCGACUACGACGUGUUCGCGCGCGGCGGCUCGCUGUGCGAGGCGCGCCGCGCGGCGGCGGUCGCGCUGCGGAGAAUGGCGCGCGAGCCGCCACCGCGCUGCGCGUGCUUCAUGAAGGAUCUCGACUGCGUCGAGUGGACGCGCAACUGCUCUUGCUAUGAUAUCCCAGCACAAAAACGCUUCAAGCAUCUGCUGACGAUGGCCUUCUGCCUUUGCAAGAACCUCCUGGCGCACAUCGUCCUUCGUGCUACGCGCGCGGAUAUAGCAGAAUUUUCCUCCUGA